AAGCCAAGGCAUCUCGAAGUUUCUUCCGAUAUAUCUAUCUAUCUUUACCCCACGAAUGAGAAGAUUUUUUUUUCUCUCUCCUCUUCGCCGCUACAUAAAGUCUUUCCUCUGCCUCAUUAUUUUACUCUUGUCUCCCCAGCAUUCAUAUUAAUAUCAUGCCCUUCUUCUGCAUCCAAACCUUCAUUUUGUAGUGGGUGGGGGUUUCUCAUUUCUCUGCCGUUCGAUGGAUCGGGAAGGAGGAUCCAACGGCGGAUCUUGCUACUACUCCGUUCUCGGGAUUCGUAGGGACGCCUCCUUCUCUGAUAUUCGCACUGCCUACCGCAAACUCGCUAUGAGGUGGCACCCGGACAAGUGGGCUCAGAAUCCUGCAACCGCUGGCGAAGCCAAGCGGCGGUUUCAGCAAAUCCAAGAAGCCUACUCAGCAGUUCUCUCCGAUCAGUCUAAAAGGUCAAUGUACGAUGCGGGGCUCUACGAUCCUUUGGAGGAAGAAGACCAAGACUUUUGUGACUUCAUGCAAGAGAUGAUCUCAAUGAUGAACAAUGUGAAAGACGAGGGGGACAGUUUGGAGGACCUACAGAGGAUGUUCGUGGAGAUGGUGGGGGAAGAUCAUGGCCAUGGGAUCGGCUUUGACUUGAACCAGGAUCAGACGGCUGGGAAGCGAGGACGCGUAAAUGGAUCAAAGGGCAACGCGCCCAAGCGCAGCAACUCCCGCAGUUAGUGCGCCGUACUGAAUCCGUCUUGUAAUUUUCUUACUUGACAUUGGAUGAUGAUUGAAAUGAAAAUCCUUUUGGUGGGAUUAAAUUAAAUUUGCUGAACAACUACUAGUACAUUAGUAAUGCUCUUUCUUAGUUAUGGAACAAUACAAUACACCAAGUGCAACUGUGCAAAUUGUGCUUUGCAUUCUAGUACUGCCCUUGGGGCUGCUUCUUUUUUUUUUUUUUUUUUCUUUUUUCCUGCCAAAAAUAUAAUACUAAUUCAGAUCAGAUGAUUAA